GGGAGGAGGGGUCGAAGGGGGGGAGAAAAGGCAGAGGCGUGAAGGGAGGCAGGAGUGAGAGCGCCGGGAGGAUCACAGGAGAGCACAGACGGGGACAGAAGAGCAGAAGGAUCUAGAGGACUUGAGACACGCAGGGACAGGUUGCCACGGUGACCGCUCUGGCCAGAACGAGGCGCAUUGACGUCAGCAGCCGAGCACUGAUUGGCUGAGGCCGGCUCGUUUCCGGUGGAGCUGCUGUGAGCCGCUACCCCUGAGUGGAGUGAGACUGCGAGCGGAUCCUGAGCGCGCCCGGCACUCGGCAACCUCGCUUCUAGUGCACGUCCCGCGCCCGCCGCCGCCCGGCCGCAGAGAACCAUGGCUUCUGGCAGUGCUGCCGCCAGUGAGGAGGAGCGCAGUCUCCGGGAGUGUGAGAUCUACGUGCAGAAGCACAACAUUCAGGCCCUGCUGAAGGAUUCAAUUGUGCAGUUGUGCACUGUCCGACCCGAGAGACCCAUGGCAUUCCUUCGGGAAUACUUUGAGAGGUUGGAGAAGGAGGAGGCAAAACAGAUUCAGAAUCUACAGAAAACUGGUAAUCGCACAGACUCCAGGGAGGAUGAAAUCUCUCCUCCUCCCCCUAACCCAGUGGUGAAGGGUCGCCGGCGACGAGGUGCUAUCAGCGCUGAAGUUUACACGGAGGAAGAUGCUGCAUCCUAUGUUCGAAAGGUUAUACCAAAAGAUUAUAAGACAAUGGCUGCUUUAGCCAAGGCCAUCGAAAAGAAUGUGCUGUUUUCACAUCUUGAUGACAAUGAGAGAAGUGACAUUUUUGAUGCCAUGUUCCCAGUCUCCUUUAUUGCUGGAGAGACUGUUAUUCAGCAAGGUGAUGAAGGGGAUAACUUCUAUGUGAUUGACCAAGGAGAAAUGGAUGUCUAUGUCAACAAUGAAUGGGCAACCAGUGUUGGGGAAGGAGGGAGCUUUGGAGAACUUGCUUUGAUUUAUGGAACACCAAGAGCAGCCACUGUCAAAGCAAAGACAAAUGUGAAACUGUGGGGUAUCGACCGAGACAGUUAUCGAAGAAUCCUUAUGGGAAGCACACUGAGAAAGCGAAAGAUGUAUGAAGAAUUCCUUAGUAAAGUGUCUAUUUUAGAGUCUUUGGACAAGUGGGAACGCCUCACAGUAGCUGAUGCUUUGGAACCUGUUCAAUUUGAAGAUGGGCAGAAGAUUGUGGUCCAGGGAGAACCGGGGGAUGAGUUCUUCAUUAUCUUAGAGGGGACAGCUGCAGUGCUACAACGCCGGUCAGAAAAUGAAGAAUUUGUUGAAGUGGGACGACUGGGGCCUUCUGAUUAUUUUGGUGAAAUUGCUCUACUGAUGAACCGCCCUCGUGCUGCAACGGUGGUUGCACGUGGUCCUUUGAAGUGCGUUAAGCUGGACCGACCUCGAUUUGAACGUGUUCUUGGCCCAUGCUCAGAUAUCCUCAAACGAAACAUCCAGCAGUACAACAGUUUUGUGUCGCUGUCUGUCUGAGAUCUGCCUCGUGUGCCUCCCUCCUCUCCCCAGUCCAUGCUUCUUUCUUGCAGAUGGCUUUCUUUUCCCUGAUGCAGCGCCAAGUGGCCACUGGCUUCACAGCUUCUUGUCUCUUUAUACUAAAAGUUGCUUUUAUUGCACCAUUUUUCAUUUGGAGCAUAACUGAAUGCUCAUUUACAAAUAAAUAGAAUUCUAUGAUUUUGAUGUUACUGCUUCUCUCUGUGCAGUGUUAGUGUUCAGCCUGGGCAGUGAGUGUCAUGCUUUGUGGUGAGGGUGGAUCCCUGCACCAGUGAUUUAUCAUGAUGUAACAGUGCAAGAGUUUUUUAAGUGACAACUUUUCCAUCUAAAGCAUAUUUAUGACUGGCCAUGUGAGCUGUAUUUCUUUAUAGAGUAAAUGAUUUCUUUAACCUUUAAGGAUUAGAAAAUGGAUAUAGAAAAAUCUUAAUGUAGUAGAAAGACAUCUGCCUGUAACUAAACAAGUUUAAGUUUGAAAAAUGCCCAUUUUUGCUAAUUACCAGACAGAUACAUGACUAGUUAAGUUCUUCACCCCCUUCUCUUUGCCUGGUUUUGUUUCUAUGUUGUUAGUGUUUCCAACUCUGAAAUACUUUUGGUGUGCCUAUCUAUACCUCCCUUUUAAGUUUGAAAUCAAAUUGUAGACGGCAAAUACUGGGUUGUGAUUUAAUUCUGCCUCAGCUCACCGAUUAUGAUUAGAACUUAACCAGCUGGUGCCAAAUAUUGAUCAUCAGAUGCAGAAUUGUGAAUGAGACUUUCAGACCUACACUCUUGAUUGUUAACUGAAGCUUCUAGCUAAUGUUUGUCCUUCUUGUGGCUAUAAUGUAAUCUCCUGCCCUAAGGCAGCUGAUUCCAGGAGAUAGAUUUGCUGAGGAUAGAUAGAAGUGGAACAAGCCUGGGAGAGAACCAUGGAGGUGAUGGGGAUGAAGCAGGAACCAGGUAGAUGAGGUUCACCUCCCCCCUCCCCCCAGUUCCCUGGGGAAGCUUUGUAUUUGGUUUAAAUCUUUCUCCCUCCUUUUAUGUUAAUGAGGGUGAUUGUGGUCUGAAAGGCCAUCCUGCUGGAAAGUCCUGCUUUUUUCUGUCUAUCCUUGAAUUUCUCUGCCCCCUCCCCCCAGUAAACUUGUGUUUACUUGAACUUGUGUUUUGAGUCUUAACUGUAUUUCAGUAUUUUCCAGCCUUAUGUGUUACAUUAUUCCAACGAUACACCCAACAGUUUAUUUUAUUAUUGUUUUUUAAAACAAGAUUUCACAGUCUAAUGUAGGCACUUUUAUUUUUGUUGUGAUUUAUAUAUAGUGUAGGGUUAUUUUUGGGAGUGACUGUAAGCAUAAUUCCCUCUCCUACUCUUUCCCAGUAAUUUAAAUUGGUCAUGGUAGGCUUUUUUUUUUUUUUUUUGAAAGCUUUUAGGUUGUUGCUAACUUU